CAUAGGUGUAGACAGUAGGUACUAGGUAGGUAUAUAGAGCUGCUUUGAAAACUAUUAGAAUUCUGGCUAUUUUCAAGAAUUCUUCUUCCAUAAACGUCAUUACAGAAGUAUGUCACGUCAACUGUGAUAAUAAUAUAUUUCUUAAUAUGAAUUUUGGUGCUUUUCUGCUAAUAUUACUAAACCUUACUUUUUAUUUAGCGUAUGGGUUUAAAGGCAACUACACCGAACAUGACAAUUGUUCAUUGUGUACACUAUCAUUUUUUCGCCGAAAACGAGCUCUAACUGAAUAUACUCGAUGGCGCUCCAAUCCAGAAACGACACAAGCUUUCAUUGUAAAAGUAUUGGAAGAUGAUAUUCCCAUGCCUACGUCUCGAAACCAAAUUGUAGAUAAUGUAACUAUUCGUCAAACUCCUAGACCGAUUGUAGCUGUUAACAUACAACCAUUAAAAAUGGCUCAGGAAAAGAUGAUUGUUGAAAGAGCUACUUUGCGUCCAUCUACAGUAACACCGGAUCUAUCCAAAGAGUAUACACGAUUUGUGCCGCCUACAACUUUGACUAUAGCGCGGCAUGAAGGUGAUAUAGUUUUAGAUCCUGUAUCUCCAGUUAUUAUUAACGAUAAAAUUCCUCCAAUAAAACCGAAGAGCAAAGUUCUUAAAGGAGCACAACAGGUUGGGCCAAUCCUGAAAUUCAGUGGAGAUCGUCACGUCCAGCGUGAUGAAAGCCCUCCAUCUGGUCCACAGUUUAUUCAAAGGUCCAACACCGAUGUUGUGCGGCAAUAUGCACCGGUAGCUACUGUUCUUUUCACUAAACAAAAAACAAUGGGACCUUUAACACCGCGAACUGUUGAUAAAUUUAUGUCAUAUAAAACAACAAUUCAUCCUACAAGAACUUCACCGUUAUCAGAUAUUAUAGUUCCAAUGAGAACGCCUGACUUUUUCAAUAUUUUGACCUUUGAUGAUGAUUUAGACAAUCUUAACAUAUAUAAUAAGCCAUUUCCAACUCGUACAACAUAUAAUGCCAUUGAAACUCUGCAACGUACUUCUACGAGUAAGUUUUUGAUUGAUGAAGAUGACAAUGCUAUAGAAACAACAAGACGCACUAUUGACGUUGAGAGACGAAUCGGCAAAGAAAAGAAAAUUAUGGAUAAAGAAAUUGAUACAUAUAACAUGGUACUGUAUGGAGAUGACGAAAACGAAAACACCAGUAAAAAUAAACAUGGAAGUACUGAUUCUUAUGAAGACAUUGAAGACAGAAGUGGAAAGGAUAGUUCUAUAAUCAACGCAAAAUCUAGUUCAUUUGAUAGUAAUUUAGAAGAAUAUGAUAACACUACCGAAUUAUCAUCAAAUUUGGAGUAUGAUGACGACGAUGACUUUAAAAAUAGAACAACAUUGACUACCAGAGUUUUACUCGAGAUCGUUGAUUUGGAAAUAACAACAAAAUCUUUUAAGGAAGAAAUUAAGAAAAAUCGAACAUGUAACCUUAUAAAACUAAGACAACUUAAUUUUAAUUCACCCCGAACGCUGCAUGAGAUAACAUCUCAGCUGAAACAAUGGGCAGAAGAAAGUCCAGUUGCCAAGUGGAUAGAUAUCACUGCGGGAAAUUUUACCGUCAUGGAAAAUCCGAUCCAUAUGAUGAUUGUAGAUGAUCCGACUAGUGGACAAAUAGUAUCAGCUAAACAGACUGUUAUGAUAAUUGCUGGAAUUCAAGGCAGGGAUCAUCACUCUGUCGCAGCAGCUAUGUAUGUUCUCUACCAACUUAUAGAACGGAGUGAAGCACACGCUGAUCUCCUUACAAAGUAUCGUUUUUGGAUAAUACCUGUCUUUAAUCCAGAUGGGUAUGCAUAUUCCAUGACUUUUCCCCAUCGCAGGGAAUGGAUAAAAAAUCUGAAACAAACAUGGUCGUCAUGUAAGGCCCGAGAUUCGUGCCAAGCUUGUGAGCUGUAUGGCGUCAGAUGUACAAUUCAGCCUUGCUAUGGAGUUAAUUUAGACCGGAAUUUUGAAUAUCAAUGGAUUCCAACUGAAGAGCUACGUUCAGAGCAUCCGUGUGGUCCCUUAUACGCGGGUCCAAGACAGCUGAGUGAGGCAGAAACGCGCGCACUCACACACUUCUUACAUGAACAAAAGACCCCUCUUUACACCUUCAUAGCUUUUAAAGAGGGAGACGUAUUGGGAGUGAUGUAUCCGUAUUCACAUACACGCAAGAAAAGAGCUUUUGAUCACGUUUAUAGGCAACGAGCGUCAGGCGCUGCAGCUGCUGCAUACAGUAUCAGUGGUCGGCCUUAUGUAGCAGGCCAGACAUCGGAGUUUUUACCGCUUUACGCCGGCGGCAUAGAAGAUUGGGUCGACGGCCAUUUAGGCAUAGACAAUACCUAUACAGUUAUGAUGUUUCGACCCUCAGACUCCCACAACUCCAGAAUUAUAACUGAGAGAGUCGUUCACGAAGCAUACGCGGCGAUAGAUACGCUACUCUUACAAAGCGUAGAGCCUCUGGGACCACCUCCCGUUACCAUAACUCGAUCAAGAGCACAUAUCAUAUCAUCACCUAUCUUAUUGUAUUAUGUAUCAACUAGUUUAUUAUUACAUUUUUCAGCUCUUUAGAAUGUAUGUUAAGGUGCUACGUAAUGUAGAGCUUGGGAGAGUCUAAGCUUUCUGACCUAUAUUUAUACAAGUUAUUAUUGGAGUACAAUGAAAUAUACUCGCUAAUUUUAUUUGAUAUUUCGUUUCGAGAUUUAAUUUAGCUUUGAAAAGUGAAAUCGAUUUACCUAUAUCAUGUUUUGUAUGUAAAUAUAAUUUUUCGUAAAUA